AAAAGAUCAACAUUUUAAAUUAAAAAUCUAAAACUAAAAUAAAUAUUCUGUCAAUGAACAAAUUUUUUAUAACCAUUUGAACCAUGAAAGUAUCUUCUACUCCUUAGCAACAGAUGUAGAUUUUUGUUGUCAAGAACUCAUUGUUAGAUAGGUUUCAUUUUAAAUUGUAAAAUAUUCCAAUUUUACAGGGCAUAGUUUCUACUUAGCUUAUACCAUGGCCGGGUUACAAAAUGCUGAGGACAUGUCUGUUCCAUCCUCUGAAAUGAUAGACCUGAACGCUCCCAGCCAGGGUCAGAUGACAGACUUUCAAGGUGAUGCUCUAGAUCAGGAUACACUCUCAGAUGAAAUUGCUGGAACGGUGGGAGGCGCUUCACCGUCAGCAAGCAUUUAUGAUUUCCUCGGGAUCCAGGAAGAUGGUUCCGAAGUCUCGGAAAUCCCAAAUGAAUCGCCAUCGCUACAGAGAGAGAAGCAGUCCGGGGAGUUGGAAGAAGAGGAAGAAGAAGAACAAUUUUUGGAUGAAAAAGCCGACAUUAAAGAGGAUGUAGUAGAAGAAGAAUUACGGGUAGUCGAAGGCGAGGAAGAAGGUGCAGUCGAACACAAGGCAGAAGAGUACACAUACAUUGAUGUUUUUGAGCUAAAUGCUACUGGUGAAGAGAUUCUAGUGAAGAAACUCGUACCUAAAAUAAAAGAAGAGGUAUUUAUUAAGAAAAAGAUGGUUCCCAUCACUGUAAAAUUCAACAGAAUCGGUGAUGGUGAUGAGGUUAUUGAAGAAGAAGAAACAGUGGAAGAAGAGAUGAGCUUCAGAAUUACAAGAACUACCAUUUUAAUAAAAGAAUUAAAUGAGAAAGGCGAAGAGGUUCUAGUGGAAAAAGUUAUAGAAAAAGAAGUACUGAUUGAAGAAAAGCCAAAAAAAUUUAAAAAAGUUUAUGUCACAAAAACAUUACCAAAUGGGGAAGAGGUCGAAGAGGAAAUAGAGGUGCCAGAAGAGGAAGAGAUAGCCAUCAGGAAAUCAAGUGAAAUUAGUAGAAAAACUGUCCCAGAAGAGCAUCAGGAAUUUCUGGAAGAAGAAGGGAUGUGGGAGUACCAGGAUUACAUACAUGAAUUCAUAGAUGAACAAGGGGAAGCUCAUUAUACCACUGGUGUUCGAAGAGUAUGGAUGCAAAAACACAAAGAAAUCCCUAUGAAUCUCCUUAUAGCUGAAGAAAAACAAUUUAAAAUGGAGUUACUUGAGGAAUUGAGAACUGUAAGAAAAAAGCUCAAGUUGUGUCGGCAAAAAAAUAAAUUUUUAGGAAAAAAACUAUGCCAAUAUUACAAACUAAAAAGAAAAAAUCUCAGGGAUGAAAGGCAAAGACUAAGCCCGGAGACAGAAGAGUUACUGAGGAGGCAGUACCAUCGUAGACUUUUAGAGUACAAUGAAAUACGACAGUUCUUGUUGAGUGAGAGGGAGUUGCGAAAUAGUAUACUCGAUAACGCCGACAGUGUCACUACACAACUCAAGACUGAACUCGAUUCGAGGAUAGAAUCAUUCUUUGAAAGGCAGAGGGAAAUAAUAAAAAAGAUAGAUCCCAAAGUUAGCAAAAUUGUGCUUCGAAAUGUUGAUUUCGAACAAAUUGUCAACCAACAAUUUAAAAUGGACCAACUCCUGUCCAAAGUUAGGCACAAUUAUGUCAGGAAAAUGAACCAGUUCACUGAACUCAAGCAGAAACAUGCUCUGAGAAAGAGGACCAAGCCAUCCAAUAGGGAAGAUGAUGUCGACAUUGUAACUUACGAACAGCUCAAAGUAGCGACGAGAAAUCUACAAGACAAACUGGAUAUUAAAGAAUCAUACAUAUUGUCAUUGAAGGAGAAAUUAGUCCAUGCAGUGCAAACACUUGCUCAUGUUCGGUUCAAAAAUGAAGCAAUCGAUCAGAAUCUGGAUCAAAUAAAGAAAGAGAUUGUCGAAUCCAAGAGAGAACUUGUUGAGUUGAGAAAUGAAUGCGUCAAGAUUCGUGAAAAACGCUCUAAAGUUAUGGAAAAGGUGAAACAAGAGUGGGAGAAAUUUGGCAUAAUGAAAUUCCCGAUCAUCAUAAGAGACUACUUUGAACUGAUGGAUGAAAAGGCCUUCCUCACCGAAGAGAUUGUCAAAGUCAAAAAUAUGCUCGACAAUCAGAAAGUAUUUCUUGAUAAAUACAAAGAGAAGUAUUAUAAGAACAAGAAAGGAAAACAAAAAUAGGAAAACUUGGCCGAGAAAUUGUAUUGCAUCAUGUUUACCUGGGUAUAAAAGAGGGAGCGAAGCACUGUAAGAAGAACCUUAAAAUAAGAAAAA